CUCGAAGCUUAUAGCAAAUUAAUUUAGUAACUUACUACUUACACACAACAACACAAAAGAAAAUGGCCGACAAACCAAAACGUCCGCUCUCCGCUUACAUGCUGUGGCUGAACAGCGCUCGCGAGUCGAUCAAACGCGAAAAUCCCGGCAUCAAAGUGACCGAGGUGGCCAAGCGCGGUGGUGAAUUAUGGAGGGCAAUGAAGGAUAAGUCGGAGUGGGAGGCAAAGGCAGCCAAGGCUAAGGAUGAUUACGAUCGCGCCGUCAAAGAUUUUGAGGCCAACGGCGGCAGCAGUGCUGCUGCUAACGGCGGUGCCAAGAAACGUUCAAAACCUGCGAAAAAACCAGCGAAAAAAAGCAAAAAGGACGAUUCUGAUGACGACGAUGACGAUGAAAGCGAGUAAGAGAUCGCUUCACAGGCGCCAUCACAGAAACCACAAGAACAUCAUCAGUGGACCUGUCAGUCAGUCAAUCGCAUUUCGUCUAAACUCCACCCACACCCACCACCACCACCACCACCCCCCUACACUCCACUUGCACCAACCAUACACAAAACAUAAAAUAAACAAACAAACAAACCAUAGCAUAGAAAUACAAAGACCGUUGAACAGGAAAGUUGCCGUCGAAAGAACGCGACUGUUGAAUAAUGUACCAACACGAAGAACAUAUGCAAAAUUGUAUUUAUACAUAAGAAUUUAAGUUUAUAGUAGGCGUUUCUUUUAGUAUACACAUAUUUACGAGAGAGGACAAACAGUUUUUAAGUCGAGCUCGAGGCGCGGAAUUCUUCCUCUCGCCUUCAAAGAAAACAAUUCUAGAAAACGGCA